AUUCACAGGCCUGCUGUAUCGUACUGUACUCGCUUCAAACGCACGAAAUGAAGUUAACUUACCGCAUCAAGCUGCAGUUUUCUUUUGCUAUAGUUUAUUUCUCUGUAUGUUUGACAUUAGGAGAUUUAUCAUCAAAUGUUCAAGAGGCAGAAGAUUUUCUUAAGUAUUACGAAAACCAUGUCAGUGACGUAUAUUUUCCUCAAAUUUCUGCAUCGUGGGACUACUACACUAACAUAACAGACGAAAAUUUGCAGAAAUCGGUAGAUGCAGACGUCGCUAGUACGGGUUUUGUAAUAGAAGCCUACAAAAACGCUAGCCGCUUUGAUACAUCCACAUUUUCAUCUGAUAUGCAAAGGCAAAUCGCUUUUAUUAAAGAUAUUGGGAAUUAUGCUCUUGCAGUUGAAGACGAAGACAAAUAUCGCAAGUUGGCUGAUAUAAUAGCUACAAUGAAUGGAAAUUAUGGCUCAGGGGAAGUGUGCAAGACAGAUGGUGAAUGUUUACCUCUUGAGCCAGAUCUCGAAGAAAUUAUGGCGAAAUCACAGGAUUGGGAUGAAAGAGUGUGGGCUUGGCAAGGAUGGAGAGAUGCAGUAGGACGCGCCAACCGACCUCUCUACAUCGAUUAUGUAGAUUUAAAGAAUGAAGCCGCAAGGAUAGCAGGAUACGCAGACACUGGAGAUCAGUGGCGGGCACAUUAUGAAUCAGAUACUAUAGUCCAGGAUGCGAAGCAGCUUUACCAAGAUAUUUUGCCACUCUACAAACAACUUCAUGCUUACGUAAGGCGAAAGUUAAAAACAGUGUAUGGUGAUAAAGUAGACUUGAAGUCAGCUUUACCUUCAAAUAUCUUAGGGGAUAUGUGGGGAAGAUUUUGGGGUGAAAUAUAUGAUGUUGUUGAGCCUUAUCCUGAUGCAACAAGUGUCGAUGUAACGCCGCAGCUUGUAGAACAGGGUUAUACAGUCUGUGAUAUGUUCAACCUUUCGGAUUCUUUCUUCACCUCUUUGGGACUCAAACCAAUGCCACAGCCUUUUUGGAACAAGAGUAUGUUAACCAAACCGACAGAUGGUAGAACAGUGGUGUGUCAUCCCUCGGCGUGGGACUUUAGUAACAGGAUCGAUUUCAGAAUUAAGAUGUGUACUGAGGUCCACAUGUCCCAUUUGUUGACGAUUCAUCAUGAAAUGGGGCAUAUAGAGUAUGACCUACAAUAUGCAGACCAGCCUUACGUUUAUCACGACGGGGCAAACGGUGCUUUCCACGAGGCAGUUGGUGAAAUCAUGUCUCUUUCGGUUGCCACACCGGCUCACCUCAAGAAAAUAGGACUUCUUGAUAUCCAGGACACUGAUUACGAAACGGACAUUAAUUUUCUACUGAAGCAGUCGUUGGAUGUCAUAGGAACCCUCCCGUUUAGCUACAUGAUAGAUCAGUGGCGUUGGGGCGUUUUUGCUGGAGAAAUUCUUCCCGAAAAGUAUACAGACGAAUGGUGGAAAAUGAAAAUGGAUCUUGUAGGAGUCGUCCCACCCGUACCCCGUGAAGUACAAGACCUUGACGCCACUGCUCUCCUUCACAUUGUUUACGAUUAUCCUUUUCUCAGGUUUUUAUUUUCUUUAUUUUGCAUCCUGACCAAGGCUAUUUCAUUUCAAUUUUACGAGGCGAUGUGCAAUGCAGCCAAUCAUACAGGACCGUUAUAUAAAUGUGAUUUCUAUGAAUCGAAAGAAGCCGGACAACUUCUUGGUAAUAUGUUGGCGCUUGGACGAAGCAAGCCGUGGCCAGAAGCAAUGGAAGCCAUUACUGGACAGCGGGAAAUGUCAGCAGAGCCGCUACUGCGAUACUUUGAAUCUUUGAAUCAUUAA